AUGUCAAAGAACGCGAGGUCCUUAUCCUUGAGCCACGGCCGGUACGACCGUCGCCUUGAUCGACUUGACCAUGUUGCCGUGCUCCGAGUGCCGGAACAGCAGGUCCGCCAGCACCAGCACGUCGAACCCCUCGCCCGCGCCCGCGCCCGCUUCCACGUCCAACCCCCUCCAGCUCCGCGAGCAGCGGCGCCGGGUCCGCCCCCACACGUAGCCCCGGACCUUGACCCGGCCCCGCGUCUCCUCAACCGUCUCCUCCAGCGCGUCCACGUUGGACUGCAUGUUGGCCACGAUGUCCACGUCCGGGUAAUCCGUCAGCACCGCCCGCCGGCACCCCAGCACCCCGCACACCAGCGACGGCAAGCCCGCGCCCGCGCCCAGCUCCAGCACCGUCCGCCCCGCCACCAGCGACGGGUCGCUCUCGAAGAGCUUCGAGACCGCCCGCGCCCCGUUCCACAGGUGGUUCGCUUCCAGCGACGGCUGGCCCACGAGAUGCAUCCUCAGCUCUUGCCCGCUCUGCAGCGUAAAAUAACAAGUAAAAACGUGGGGAGCUUUCCCUCCUCGCAACUACCUCCCCCUCAAAUCGCCGACCGCCCCGAACUCCUCGCCAACUCCUUCAACAUCUCAAUCGUCCCCUCCUCCCUCUCCUUAUACUCCCGCACCCUCUCCUCCCUCUCCGCCAUCCUCGCCCUCCAAAUCUCCUCCCGCCGCGCCUCCCUCUCCGACUUCUUCUUCUCCUGGCCCUCCCGCGCCUUCUUCGCCGCCUCCAGCGACCCUUCCUCCCCGGCCCCCAUCAGCGUCCCCUCGUCCACCUCCGCCCCCGGCGACCGCUCCCGGAACUCCCGCAUCUUGUCAUUCACCUCCCGCUUCUUCUCGAGCUUGCGCUCCCGGCUGCCCGGAUCCGCCCGCGGCACCAGCUCCUCCAGACGCUCCUUUUGCUCCCGCCGGUCCUCUUUGCGCGCCUGUCGAAUCUGCGACACCCGGUCCGCCCGCUCUUGCGCCGACUCCUCCGCCACGAGCUCGUCCCGUAGCUUGAGGUCCUCGAGGCCCGGCGUCGCCGCCGUGUGCCGCACGUUGCUGCCUGUCCCUCCAAAGUACGAAGGCGGCGGCGCCGGGCCAAUGUCCGAGUCCGAGUCCGAGCCCGCGCCAGUAAUACGCCAGGAGCGGCCGAAACGCCUCGAAAUCCCCCUUGACCAGCAUCCGCGCCCCCAGCGGCAGUUCCUUCACCGCCGGCGACGACGGCGGUUGCGCUACCUUCCUCGCUUCGCCCCCUCCUUCCCUCCUCCGCCUCCUCUCCGCCCCGCGGUCCUCCUCCCGAUCACCCCGCGGAGACCUCUUCCGCUUCGACCGCUCCGAGCUCAUCCGCUCCACGAGCUGCGGCCGCGGCCGCCGUCGCUCCCGCGACCCCUCUCGUCGCCCCUGUCCGUCAUCCGCGGGGGCCGCGUGGUGUCUCCUCCCCUCCUCGUCGUCGUCCCUGCGGGGCCGCGGUGA